AUGGCCAGCGGUCCACCAAACCGGGGCACACUUAGCCGAAAGUCUUCGGCUCCAUGGGACAGAUUGAGACCAGUCAAGCAAGAUCCUCUGGAGAACAUGGGAUACGUGUCCAAAGGUGACAACAGACUGCUCGAUCUCAAAACUCAAGAGAGUUUCUACAAUAAGAUUGUUGCUCGGUACAUGCAAUUUUGUACGCAGCACUCCAAGGAUCUUGAUAACGCUUUUGCGUCACUGUCCUUGGAAGAAGGUCGUUCUGCUUCAACCAAUUCGACCGGAAAUCUUCCGUCUCGGAUUCAUCCAUAUGGUCAAGGUCAAGUAGUUCCACCCUCAAGUGUCGGCCUCCCACCAUUGACAGGAACUCAACAAGUGGGCAGUGCGACGGCUUCUCCCUCAUCAGAGCUCUCUAUGAUUCUGACGGCACUCCGGAAGCUAAGGGAAGGACUACUCGGCAGUUCCUCGACAGCAUCAUCUCCCGUCUUCUCCCAAAGAGUGCAUGUCUUCAAUGUUCGAGUUGCAAUUCUUGCGCUACAUCCCCCGUCAUAUCAUCCUUCUCUACUGCACCUUUUAUUUGUGUUGCAUACACCAGCUCAUCCUCUGCCUCAGGCGGAACUGGCGGAGAUGACUACUUACAUGAUCCUGGACAUGGCCACGAGGCAGAACGAUCUAUGUAAUGCAUAUGCGUUACGAUACAACAGCCGCGUUCGCUUUCGGUAUGAGAGCAAAACCGCUGAUAAAUUGCUGAGAUCUAUCGUCAUGGAUGACUGGGUUUCCUUCUGGCGUGUGAGGCGUAAAGUAGACGGCUACGUUCGCAGUAUUCUGUUCUGGCAUCUGGAAACGCAGCGGAAAUUGGCGUUGAAAGCCAUUGGACGGACCUAUCUGACGAGCGACAUCAAGUGGGUUCUUGAUAGUGCAACUGGAGGGGAGAUGAGCUGGGAGGAACUUGUUGAGAGCGAACAGGUGGGGUGGUCGAGAGAAGGAGAGAAGGCCAUAAUCCGAAAACCAAAGGGUCGCUAA